AUGAGCGGCGAGCGCCUCAUCAGCGCGCGCGGGCCGCGGCCAAUGGGCGGCGAGCGGCCGCUCCGCGCGGCGGCGGCUGCCAUGGAGUCGGUGGCGCUGGUGGCGCCGGUGACGGCGCUCGAGUUCGUGGGGGACCUGCUGCUGGCCGCCGCCGGCGGCUGCGUGGCCACGGGUGCUGCCGACGGCGGGGUGCGUCUCUGGUGGCCCCGCGACGGGGAGGCGCCGGUGGCGGUGGCGCUGGGGGCCCCGCAGCGAGCACGGGCCGUGCGGCUGGCAGGGCCGGGGCGGGUGCUGGUGCUGGGCGAGACGGGUGGGUUGGUGGCCUACGAGGUGGUGUCGGGGCGCUGGGAGCCGCUGCUGCCCGCCGAGGCCGUGGGGCCCGGCGCGGUGCUGGCGACCACCCCGCUACCCGGCGCAGACCCCGACGGCGACGCUCUGUGUGCCGUGGGCAGCGCUGCCGGGCGCCUGGCUGUGCUGGCGCUGGGGCAGCCGGCGCACGUCGCCCACGCGAGGCUGUUCGAGGGCACCAUGCACGGGCUGAGCUGGGCCGCCCGCCCCGUGGGGACACCCGGCGACACUGCCGUCCUGCUGGCCUCGGGCCCGGGCGGGGAGCUGCUCUGGCUGGACGUGGGGCAGCGGCCGGGGCGGGCGCCCUGGCUGCGGCUCGCGGGGCGCUUGGCGCUGCCGCCCUGCAAGCAGCGCUGGCUCACGUGCGCCGCCCUCCUGCCCCGCGACGGGCUCCUCUGCGGUGACCGCCGCGGCUCCCUCCUGCUCUUCCACUGCUGCUCCGCGCCGGGCAUGGAGAGCCCCGGCCCUGCCGCCUGCCCCGACGGCACAGACUGCGCCAGCGAGACAGAGAUGUCCUUCUUGGAGCAAAAAGAGACUCUUCCUCUUGAGGAGCCGCUCUCGGUGCUGUUUGGGCUCCACGGGAAGACGGGCGUCACCUCGGUGACCUGCCACGGCGGCUACGUGUACAGCACGGGCCGGGACGGCUGCUACCGGCAGCUGCGCGUGCGGGCCGGGCAGCUGGAGGUGCUGCGCAAGCGGCGGCCCUGCAAGGGGCUGCAAUGGGUGGAGGAGCUGCGCUUCGCGACCGGCGGCGACCUGCUCGUGCUGGGCUUCCACAGCGACAGCUUCGUGGUGUGGAGCAGCCGCGCCGGCGAGGCGCUGCACCGCGUGCCCUGCGGCGGCGGCCACCGCUCCUGGAGCUACAGCGGCGAGUGCGCGGCCGAGGCCUUCGCCUAUGUCAAGCAGGGGGACGUGAUGCUGUACCGCGGCGCGCGCCAGCCCGGCGAGCAGCACGUGCUCCUGCCCUCGCUGCACGGGCGGCACAUCACGUGCGUGCGGCGCCUGGGCGCUGUGCACCCGCCCGGCCGCCCCGCCGUCGACGUCUUCGUCACGGGCAGCGAGGACACCACGGCCCGCGUGCUGGCGCUCGACGAGCGCUCCCGCAGCGCCCUGCCCGUCACCACGCUCGACGACCACAUCUCCAGCGUGCGGGCGCUGGCACUGGCCGGCCCCGCGCAGCCCCGCGCCGACGGCUUCUCCACCCUGCUCUUCUCGGCCGGCGGCCGCGCGCAGAUCGAGUGCUACCGGCUGCUCCUGAGCGGGGACCCGGACGCCGAGAGCACCGUGGCCUGCGAGGUCACCCACGUGGCCUCCCACCGGCUCGAUGAAUACUGGGACCGAAUGAAGAACAGGCACAAGCUCAUCAAGAUGGACCCGGAGACCAGGUACAUGUCCCUGUCGGUGGUGCCUGUGCCCGACACGGAGCAGCUGCCGCCUCCCUGCCUGUUCCUGGCUGCCGCCUGCAGCGACGCCUCAGUCCGGGUGUUUGGGCUGCUGGAGGCCACCCGGCAGCUGGUGCUGGUGGCGGAGUCGUUCCACCACCAGCGCUGCGUGCUGAAGGUGGAGGCCUUCCUGCACGGGGACGAUGGCGGCACCAGGAGCUGCUACCUGUGCAGCGCUGCCACCGACGGCAUCCUGGCCUUCUGGGACAUCACUGCGGCGCUGGCGGAAGCCACGGCCGCCCUGCACGGCACCGAGGGAGCGCUGCAGCUGCAGGCUGGGUGCCCGCGCGCCGCUGCCCGCCCGGCGCCUCCGCCCGUGGCGCUGGGCGCCCCGCUGCUCACCGUGCCCGCCCACAGCUGCGGCGUCAACAGCCUGCACGUGCGGCCGGCGCCGGGCGGCCGCGUGCUGGUGGCCAGCGGCAGCGACGACGGCUCCAUCCACGUGUGCCUGCUGGAGGCGGCGCGGCACGUCACGGGCGUGCGCGCGCUCCGCCCCGACCUGCUGCUCUCCGCCUCGGUGGACCAGCGCCUCACGCUGUGGCGCCUGGGCCCGCGCGGCCUCCAGCCGCUCAGCAGCGCCUUCUUCCAUGUGCCCGACCUGGCCGAGCUGGACUGCUGGGAGGCGGAGGCGCGCGGGGAGCUGCACUACUGCGGCGUGCUCUGCGGGCAGGGCCUCGAGGUGCUGCGCUGCCCCGCGGCCGCCGCCGCCGUCCCACGGCCCCACACACUGCUCUGCGCGACGGUGCCCGCCGGGGACUGCUGCGGAGAGCCCAGCUCGGGGAGCGCGGGCUCCCCUGAGGGCACCAGCGCCUGUGGGGCACCCCAGGCAGAAGGCGAGGAGGCACCUGAGGCUCUUUCCUGCUCCUCCUUCUCCGUGGUGGCCGGACCCUCGUGCAGUCCCUGUGCAGCCCCAGCAGUGCAGAGACCUGGGCCACACGCUCCCUUCUCCUAG